UUUCUAUGACAGAUUUGAUCGACGGUCGAAAUUAGAAAAAAUGAAGUGUCACUAUAUUGCGGCAAUGUCAUAUAAAGAGUAAUUUAUAUUUUAGUUCUUUGUCUACCAUGCUUAGUUGUUCAACAUUUCCUUUUCAAAAUAUAAAUACAGCUGAAUGUGAGCUCUAUAAACCAGAUAAUGUUUUCAAAAGAUUCAAAGUUGUGGAGUUUCCAAUAUCUUUUGUUGGCUUAUCCACCACUCAAUACCUUGAUGUGGAGGUAAAUCUUAAUAAUUCUGCAUAUCUUAAAACGACGUGCAAUGGACAAUUAUUGAAAUUUGAAAACGCCCGAGAAAUAUCUGCACCACAUCGUGCAUUUCAAAUAACACAAAUAGAUGAUCAUAUUAUAGCCAUAACAUUUGAACCUAAUAACGAAAGUAUUUCCAAAUUAAGAACCACGAAACAAUCCGGGAACCGAUUUGUAUUUGACUUGAGAUUGAUAAAAAUAGAUGGUAUUAUCUGCUGUGAGGAUGAGGUCCAUGCAGAAAUUGGACGAUACUAUAUUUGUGGAGAGUUUGAAUAUUGUAACCUAAAUCAUUGUCCUAAUAUUUUAAAUUUUGGCGAAGUAGAAGUUAAUACUAAAGCUUCAAGAAAAGUUCGUUUUCAAAAUAGAUCAAAAAUGGUAACUGCAAAAGUAAGGUACGACAAAGUAACAAGUGUUGUCGUCACACCUGAAAAUUUUGUGAUUCCUCCUAAUUCGUCAAAGAAACUACUUAUAACAAUUAAACCUACGUGCUUAAAAGUGUGUAAUAAGCUAUCUUUCUUUAUUUCGCAUACACAUGAAACAGUAGAAUUGCCUAAUAAUACAGCAGAUAAUUUUCUAACCUAUACAAUAAAAUGUUCUCUCAAUGCUAAGUUCACUGUGAAUCCAAAAAUACUUGAUAUACAGUCACUACAUAAAUUGAAUGAAAAAAGUCCAGAAUAUACCUAUCUAGGAGAUCAGUUAGAUCUUCAUAUUAAAAGAAAAGCAAUAGCAGAUAAGUACCUGGAGAUAAGUAAAUCGACACGUUACCGGAAACCUAUAGUGGAAAAAAAUUGUAGUGGUAAAGACAGAUGUUACCUUGAAGUCUUAGGACCACCUAGAAAGAAUCCAAAAUUGUUCUGUAAAACUAUACGUAAAAGAGUAACAACGUAUGAUUUAACUGAUAUUACAUUUGUUCCUUUUAAUAUUGACUUUGGUCGAGUUGCUUUGAACACAUAUGCAGAACAUGAAUUAACAAUAAAAAAUAACAGCAAAUAUGAUAUAAGUAUCAAUUUACUUAAAGACGAAUGUAUCAUUUAUACAGAAGAUCAACAUAGUGAUAUAAUACUUAAAAUUAAAUCUUUCUCUGAAACGAAAAUUAAAAUAUUUUGUUUAGGAUUUGUCGAAGGAAAUCAUAAAAGAUCAUUUGAAUAUAUGAUAGAAAAUAAGUAUCACAGAAAACAUCCUUAUUUUCUUCAAGUAGGAAACCCAACAUUAUUAAUAUUGGAAAAAAGCUUAAAAUUUGGAAUGGUAACAACAGAAACAUUUGUUACGUCUGUUCCUGUCAGAAUUCACAAUUAUUUCAAUGUUUCUGUAGAUUUUGAAUGGGAUGAAUUGACGUCAGAAGUUCCAUUUGAAAUAAUACCACGUACUGGAAGUAUACCGAGUCAUGACUGCAAAAUAUGUGAUAUUCUUUAUACCUGCAAACCUUCUAAAUCAAAAAUACACGAAGUGGACUUCAUAUCAUUAAGUAAAGUGAGAAAAGUCAUUCCCAUUGAAUUAAGUAUCAUAACAAGAAAAAUAUCGAUAAAAUUUUUACAACAAGCUGUUCUAUUUAAAGAUAUUGCUUUGAACAUAGAAACGAUCGAGAGAGUAAAAUUAGAAAAUUCAUCACGCGAAAUAGCCAUAUUUCAUAUAGUAGAACCACUUAUACCCGGUCUUACUAUAGAACCCAUGACUGGGACUAUAAGACCGAAAACCAUUUUGAUAUUCGAUAUCAUAGUAAAAAUUGCGUGCGUUUUGGAAUUUGCAUUUGAUAUAUAUUUAAAGGUUAAUAACAAAGAGAAUGUAAUUUUACCUGUUAGUGGGAACGUAGUAGAGCCAAAAUUGAUUAUUCAUCCAAAACUUAUAUACAUGUCACGUGUUCCCUGCCACCUGACCACUUAUGUUCCAGUAACUUUUCAAAAUAUUAGCACACUAACAACGACUGUGGAAGUAUUAGAUACUGAUGAUGAAAAUAUUUUUAAUCUAUAUUCUGCAAAUGGAAACGACAAACAGAGAAUUUUUGAAUUUACUGUUGAAGGAGGGCAAUCCAAGACAAUGUUUAUUAAAGUUCAUGACAUAUUUAGAAGAGAAUACGAUAUGUAUAUGCCAUUUAAAAUAAAUGGGUUAUUAGGACCACCAGAUGAAAAUGCUGGUUCUACGGAACUGCAGUACUAUAUUGGAGACUAUGAACAGCAAUAUGAAAAUAAUCCAAAAGUGAAACUAAAAACUAUUAACAAAGAUAUAAGUUUUUGUCGAAUACUUGGUGUUAUAACUGGCCCUUGGAUAGAAUUUUCAGAGCAAAACUUUGAAAUUGAUUAUUCUACGACAGACGAUAAUAUACUUGAAUUCACAAUGAAGAAUAUAUCAAAAUACUUCUUGUAUGUAACAAUAAUAACAGCAAAGCUAGUUCCAAAUUUUACUCUCAAGUUAAUUACAGAGGAGAGUCAGUGUAUAGUGAAUGAAUCAUGUAUAAAAUUUGAGUUUGACAGAGCUAAAGAAGCAGGUUUUCGUUUAAUAUUUCACCCAAAGGGACGUGGCAAGUUUAUCGCAACCGCUAUCUUAUUUCUUGACAAGCAUAUGACAAUUCCGUACAGCAACUUAACAUUUUAUGGAACUAGGCAAACGCCAGUAAUGAAACAAAGCACUCAUCGUGUAAUAUUUCCACCUUGUCGUGUAGGAAAAACGCUAACCCGUAAUAUAUAUUUAACUAUUGAGAUUGAAUCAGAUAAACGUUCAUUUUCGUGUGUGUCCAGAGAAGAGCCAAAUAUGAUAGUAAAAUUUUUAGAUGUUGAACUAAUACCAGUUAAUGAAAUGUUCCAUACUCGAGUUAAAGUGGAGAUAACUGUAUGUUGUCAAACAAUGUAUGCAAGACAUUUAACAUUGAUGUUUACUCAUGAGUGUGGUUCAGGUUGUGAAGUGGAAACCAGCUUUGUCUUCACAUAUUGUCAGUUGACAUUGCACACAGAAUUAGUUGAGCCGCUAGAUAAUCCGUAUCCAUAUUUCCCUCUAAAAGAACAAGAAGAUCUCUAUGAGUACUUGGAAACCUGUUCCACUUUUUUAGAAAAGUGGAUGUUUCAGCAAGGUUUCCGAAGGGAUUUAUAUCCUGUUAUACCUGACUCAUUUCAUGCUAUUUCAUCUUCAUUGUGUUCCCAACAAAGUAGUGGCAAAAGUAAAGGAAUCAAUGUAUCAUAUUUAAAUUUUAUUCGACGUAUUGCUGGGCCUCUGAUGAAACACGUGAGAAAGAUAACACUGCACGGUGUUGAAGAGCCAUUGAAAAGUGUACAAGAAAUUCAUGAUACAUAUAGAGAAGUUAUAAAUCUGAUCCGGAACCGAGGAGCCAAUUUAUGGGUAUUGCAAGCUAAAUUUCUUUUGAGUUAUGAGCAGUUUGUCAUAUAUUCCGAAAAUGUAACUCCAAAACGUAAUGCCGAUAUAAUAUUAACCAAAGAACUUAUUGAAAAUGUCGAUUUAUUCAAUAGACUUAAUAAACAAUGCUGGAUCGACUUUAUUUUGCAAAGUUAUAAAGUUUUUGUCAUGGAUAGCUGCUUUUUCGAAUGUGUUUGUAUGACUUCUAUGCCAAGAGAUAUAAUACAAAUUUUAAUAGAUUGGUUCAAUGAACAAAUUGCUUUACAACGUAAUAAAUUUACUAUUAAAGGCAAACCAAUCAAAAUUAUUACAAACAUAACAACAGAUCUAUCAGAUGGAAGGGCUAUGGCAGCAGCGAUUUUAAAUUAUUGUCCUUUUAUGUCGGAUCAUUUUACUUUUUUUUCUGCUAUGGACGACGAUUCUACAGAAGCUGACUUUAUCAAUAAUGCUUGUUUAGUAAUAGAAGCUUUGAAUUUAUUAAGACUUUAUUUCCCGAUAACCAGUAAAGAAUUUUUACAACCUUCAUUUUUACAAAUGCUAUUUUUGUCAAUUCAUUUAUAUGUUACAUUGCCAAUGUUUAAUCCGAAAGAUUCCAUCAUAUUCAAUCCUCCAUUACUAAGGACUUCAACGCGCCAAGUAGCUAUAGCGCCGACCAGUCAGGAAACUUUAAUGUUUAAUUACAUGAUACUAAACACCAAUCCACAUAACUUUUUAGUUGAAAAAGUUCCAUCUGUUGAAAAUGGAAAGAGGAUGUUUUUAAGUGUAAAAUACACAGCAAAUUUUGUGAGUGAAGAGACAUGUGUACUUCUCGUGCAUGGUUAUAAUAAAACUAGAAUAUUUGACACAUAUAUAAUAUUUUUACUUAAAGGCAACGUAGGAGCGUUGAACCCGGUGAAAAAAGCUAAAGUCACCGGGCCGCUUUAUCGGCCGAUUAAAGUUGAUGUUUUAGUUUCUUCUCCGUUUGUGUUGUCUUCAUCGUUCUCUCUAUCUCUAACUGACGAAGAACCUGUAAUACCAGUAAUAUUUGAAGAAAAUCAAGCCAAACUUAAACGCAGUAGAUUCUAUGUUAAGAGACUCAAUCUGAUUGAUAAAGAGAUUAGUUUGACUGGUUUACCAAAAGAAAGUGGACAAGAGGUCACACAACACAAACUGUAUUUACAAAUAAUAUGCCUCAGUACUCAAGUUUCAAAUUCUUGGAUUUGGUUCCGAGGUGAAAUAGGUGAAUUUUUUAUUAGAGUGUCAUCUCAGCCUCGUUGGGAUUUAGCUAUAGAAACACUGCAAGCGAAAGUAAAUUCUUGGCCAAUGGAUCCUUGCACUUGUGGAGAAUCAUGCGAAUGCUAUAGAACAACUGUUCUUAUGAUACCACACCGAAAUGAGCUAAUGGUGAAAUCUUUACGACAUGCCCUGCUGGAACAUGCAUCGUCAAAUAUGAUACAAGUAUUCGACCAAUUAAUAGAAACCACAACGGGAAAGAUAAUUCUGGGGAUGCUGUUUGCCGAAGGUGGCACCAACAUGUCGGACGUGCGACACAUCCUGCGCUGCGAGGCCUCGUACCGGAUCACCUCGCGGUCGCUGGAGCCCAGGAUGGACCAAGUCAUCAUGCAGCAGCACACAGACGCUAUGCUACCCUUACUGGUCACCCUACCUGCACAUGAUAAAGCUGAGAAGUACUCGGUAACAUUUACUUCUGAAUGUGGAAUGGAUAUCAGAACAUACAAGGUUCUCUUCAUUUCUGAAAGUGCAGAUCAAGGGUCUGGAUAAUAGAAUUUUCAUAGUAUUAUGUCUAUUCGAUUGAAAUGAAAUUGUAAGCAAUCUGUUAUUCGAUUGUCCUAAAUAAUCGCAAUACAUAGGAUUACAACAUCAUCUAUCAAAAUUUACUUUUUAUAUUUAAUCACUUUCUUAUUCUAUACCUAAUCAAUUUUGUUUACUUUAGUUUCCUUAAUGAUUUUUUUUCCAUUACUUUGUUAUUCAUAUUAUUAUACUACUAUCUUUUAAUUUUACUUAUUCUUAACGUGUUGUAAUAUGUCUUUGUUAUUAUUUUAGUCCCAUGCUAAUAUAUUA